AUGGACUUCCGGUGUCGGUCGGUGCUCAGUGGGUGAGGAUGCUGAUUUAAGUAAAUGGAAGAGAUGGGGCUCAUGGGUAGGUGAAAGUAAGAUCUGGAAGAGGUGACAUUAACUGGAGAGGGAAAGGCAGAGAGAGGGAGGGGGUUGUCCAAACUCAGACUGUUUUAACACACUUGGUUUGACCACCAGAUGACAGAGAAAAUAAACAGUUGUGAGCUGAACUUAAUAGUAUACCAGUGGAAGGGAGGACCAUAGCAGGUGACCCAACUGUGUUUGUGAUUUAUGAUUUUCCAAUGUAGCCAAUUCAGCCCACCCCUCCCACCCAACGGCUUAGACUUUGAGGUUAACUAUUUAAAUGUCGGAACGUACAGACCAGACAGUUCUCUGUAAAUGUGUGGAUACAUUUAAUCAGGUCAUAUAAACUCAACUCCUAUUACAACCCUGAUCAUGCCAAAAAGACAGUUUGUUUCAAUCAAAUGAAGCACCCUGACAGUAGCCUAAGCACCCUCCCGUUAUCUUCUAUCCCUGGCCUGGUGUCAUCAAAGAAUGUUACGCAGAACUGGACCAUGCACAAUAAAAUAGGGAUUGAACGAUGUGGUCUUCUGUAGCUUAGUUGGUAGAGCAUGGUGCUAUUUUACUCAUGUUAGGCUGUCAACCAUGUCCAAUCACCAUCUCCAUGUUUAAAAAGCAAAUCAUGUACAGUGAGGGAAAAAAGUAUUUGAUCCCCUGCUGAUUUUGUACGUUUGCCCACUGACAAAGAAAUGAUCAGUCUAUAAUUUUAAUGGUAGGUUUAUUUGAACAGUGAGAGACAGAAUAACAACAAAAAAAUCCAGAAAAACGCAUGUCAGAAAUGUUAUAAAUUGAUUUGCAUUUUAAUGAGGGAAAUAAGUAUUUGACCCCUCUGCAAAACAUGACUUAGUACUUGGUGGCAAAACCCUUGUUGGCAAUCACAGAGGUCAGACGUUUCUUGUAGUUGGCCACCAGGUUUGCACACAUCUCAGGAGGGAUUUUGUCCCACUCCUCUUUGCAGAUCUUCUCCAAGUCAAUAAGGUUUUGAGGCUGACGUUUGGCAACUCGAACCUUCAGCUCCCUCCACAGAUUUUCUAUGGGAUUAAGGUCUGGAGACUGGCUAGGCCACUCCAGGACCUUAAUGUGCUUCUUCUUGAGCCACUCCUUUGUUGCCUUGGCCGUGUGUUUUGGGUCAUUGUCAUGCUGGAAUACUUAUCCACGACCCAUUUUCAAUGCCCUGGCUGAGGGAAGGAGGUUCUCACCCAAGAUUUGAUGGUACAUGGCCCCGUCCAUCGUCCCUUUGAUACGGUGAAGUUGUCCUGUCCUUUAGCAGAAAAACAACCCCAAAGCAUAAUGUUUCCACCUCCAUGUUUGACGGUGGGGAUGGUGUUCUUGGGGUCAUAGGCAGCAUUCCUCCUCCUCCAAACACGGCGAGUUGAGUUGAUGCCAAAGAGCUCCAUUUUGGUCUCAUCUGACCACAACACUUUCACCCAGUUCUCCUGUGAAUCAUUCAGAUGUUAAUUUGCUAACUUCAGACGGACCUGUAUAUGUGCUUUCUUGAGCAGGGGGACCUUGCGGGCGCUGCAGGAUUUCAGUCCUUCACGGCGUAGUGUGUUACCAAUUGUUUUCUUGGUGACUAUGGUCCCAGCUGCCUUGAGAUCAUUGACAAGAUCCUCCCAUGUAGUUAUGGGCUGAUUCCUCACCGUUCUCAUGAUCAUUGCAACUCAACGAGGUGAGAUCUUGCAUGGAGCCCCAGGCCAAGGGAGAUUGACAAUUAUUUUGUGUUUCUUCCCUUUGCUAAUAAUCGCACCAACUGUUGUCACCUUCUCACCAAACUGCUUGGCGAUGGUCUUGUAGCCCAUUCCAGCCUUGUGUAGGUCUACAAUCUUGUCCCUGACAAGGGUGGAGAAAUGUAAUCAUUCUCAAAUUAAUUGAUAGAGCUAUGGAUACAAAAUGACAAUUUUAACCAUAUUCAGAGUCUAAACAGUGUUUGUUUAAAUUGCAUUGUUUACAAAUAAUUGCAUAGAACAAGCAUGUUUUUUGGGUUCUGAUUGGGUAUGACAAUUGGACUAAGCUCAUGAGGCAUUUCUUAUAUAAGUUAUAUUACUCAAGAAUCAAUGGGUGUGUGUAAAUAAUGUAAAAGUCAACAAAAUGUAUGACGCAAUCACAGAUUGACCAUUCAAAUAACUAUAACUUAUAAAUGUCUCAAGAGCAUAGCACAACUGUCUUACCCUAUCAUAACCCCAAAUAUAAGGUUGCAUUACGCCAUUGUUUAUAACAGGAACAUAAACCAUGUAUAGCUACAAAAUGAAUGGGGUAAACCUACUCUAAGGUUUUGUAUUAGGCUGUUUGAGAGAUGGUUUGAAUCCUAAUCAACCCAUCCAAUGUGAGUACAUCUGUUGUUAAAGUAUAGUAGAUCAAUAAAGCUACAGUACUCCAGCAGUAGUCACGCCGCUUAUGCUGAAAAGCCUUAUCAGUGCAUAAGUCAAAUUAGCUUUUGAAUUUCCUGUCUUUUUCGUCUUCAGACAAAAGCUAAUAUUUCACUUAAAACAUUAGUUUAAAAAAAUGUUUUAUUAUUUAAGAAUAAAUGAGUAUAAAUCAUUAAUAAAAAUAAAAAAAUGGGUGUACCAAUCGCAAAUUGUCCCUUUAAUGGUCUGUUUUAAUACUAAAUUAGAGGCAGGAUAACUGGCACCGGUCCAGAAUCUCUACCACAGCGGCAAAGGAAAACAGUACAAUGCAGCAAAAAAGUUUGCACAAUUUACUCCCCAUUGAAUAUCAUUCAUCUCUGCCCUCUGACUCAUGUUUAUUGUUGGGGUUGUAAGUGCUGUGUUGUGUUUUACUCUGUGUUUCUGUAAAACCUGUUUCUGUCUCUAGUUGUUUUUCUCUGUCCUACAGCUGUCUCACUUGCUCUGGCUUUGAAUGGAGUCUUCACAAACACUAUCAAGUUGAUAGUUGGCAGGUAAAUACAUAAUGCAAUACACCAACUAGACUCAAACACCGUUUGGGAAAAUGUUGGUUUAUAUGUCAAAGCAGAGUACCUUGUAGCUCAAUUGGUAGAGUAUGGCGCUUGUAACGCCAGGGUAGUGGGUUCGAUCCCUGGGACCACCCAUACGUAAAAAUGUAUGCACACAUGACUGUAAGUCGCUUUGGAUAAAAGCGUCUGCUAAAUGGCAUAUUAUUAUUAUUAUUAUUAUUAUUAUUAUUAUUAUUAUUAUUAUAUAUUAUUAAUUGGCAUUCACAUUCAGUUAUGCUGUGGCAUUUUCAAAAUUGAACAAAAUGCCUUUGACAUGUAUUGAAAGUUAACUUCAGGUGGCAUAAGCAAUAACAAACCACUUUUUAAGAGAGCGAUUGAUUUAAGUGUAUUUUUUCCUUUCCCUACAGACCCAGGCCAGACUACUUCCAGCGCUGUUUCCCAGAUGGACAGGUGAAUGUUACAAUGAUGUGCACCGGAGAACCAGACCUGGUGUCAGAGGGACGCAAGAGUUUCCCCAGCAGCCACUCCUCCUGUGAGUACUAGUCAGUCAGCAGCAACAACACUGUUAAUCAGUAUGUUUUAGGGAUCAGCUUGAGCCAGUCAAGGCACAUAAUCACUCAUCUUGAUUAGGGCUGUGGUGGUCAUGAAAUGUUGUCAGCCAGUUAUUGUCAUGCAAAAGACUGAGGGUCUCACGGUAAUUGAAUACACAUUUAUCAUCUCCAGGCCUCAACGCUUACAAGCCGCUGAUACGGGCCUUUGAAACAUCUACAUUUUAAAGUCUAAUAAAUCAAUGUAAUAUACACCAUCACAAUAAAUCCAUUAUUUAUUUUAGGCAGGUCUAAAGAAACAUGAUAUGAAGAAAAUGUAUUUCAGAAGAACAGAGUAAGAGUUACACUACUGUAUGUUAUCUGGCUAUGCGCCAUGCCAUAGGCUGUAGGCUUGUUAAUUUAGCAGACAAGAUAUGCUUAUAAGUCCCGUGCCAUUAUUUUAUAUUAUAUAAUUUUAUUGUAAGAACAAUAUAAUUCAACUUAGCUGAAUAAAAUAUAAAUAAUAUAAUUCCCAUUUAGGAUCGAGUGCGCAUAUGAGUGUCACGGCUGAUGUGGAUGCGGUGUGGGAGUCAGGCGCAGGACACAGAAGCUUAGUCGCAACGACUUUAAUAGUCAAAAAGGCAAUAACCAAAAUAACGUGCCUCUAACACAGGAGGCGAGCAAUUACGCUAACAGUGCGUAAAAGACUAAAUACUCGAGAACACAAUAACGAUGCACCAAACGGACAGGCGUACAACAACACACAACUGCAAACAAAACCAAAGGAAACUUAUAGGUGACAUAAUCAAUACAUAAUACGAGACAGGUGCACCAACAAAACAAAACCAAACAAACAUAGAGAACAUCAAACGGUAGCAGCUAGUACUCCGGGGACGACGAACGCCGAAGCCUGCCCGAACAAGGAGGAGGAGCAGCCUCGGCGGAAUUCGUGACAGUACCCCCCCCCCUUGACGCGCGGCUCCAGCCGUGCGCCGACCCCGGCCUCGGGGACGGCCAGGAGGACGUGGAGCAGGGCGCGUAGGAUGACUCCGGUGGAACUCAGUCAGGAGGGAUGGAUCUAAAAUGUCCCUCCUAGGCACCCAGCACCGUUCCUCCGGACCGUACCCCUCCCACUCCACGAGAUAUUGUAGACCCCCCAUCCGACGUCUCGAAUCCACGAUGGACCGGACUGAGUACGCCGGAGCCCCCUCGAUGUCCAGUGGGGGCGGAGGGGUCUCUCUUAUCUCACACUCCUGGAGUGGACCAGCUACCACCGGCCUGAGGAGAGACACAUGGAAUGAGGGGUUAAUGUGAUAGUCAUUAGGCAAUUGCAACUUGUAACACACCUCGUUCAAUCUCCUCAGGACUUUAAAUGGCCCCACAAAACCGCCGGCCAAGCUUCCGGCAGGGCAGGCGAAGGGGCAGGUUUCGAGUCGAGAGCCAGACUCGAUCUCCCGGGGCGUAUACAGGACCCUCACUGCGGUGGAGAUCGGCGCUCGCCUUCUGCCUGCGGAUGGCCCGCUGCAGAUGUACGUGUGCAGCGUUCCACGUCUCCUCCGAGCGCCGAAACCACUCAUCCACCGCAGGAGCCUCGAUCUGGCUCUGAUGCCAUGGUGCCAGAACCGGCUGAUACCCUAACACGCACUGAAAAGGGGUCAGGUUAGUAGAGGAGUGGCGAAGAGAGUUCUGAGCCAUCUCUGCCCAGGGGAUAUACCCCGACCACUCCUCCUGCCGGCCCUGGCAAUAUGAUCUCAGAAACCUACCCACAUCCUGGUUCACUCUCUCCACCUGCCCAUUACUCUCAGGGUGGUAACCCGAGGUAAGGCUAACCGAGACCCCCAAGCGUUCCAUGAACGCCCUCCAGACUCUAGAGGUGAAUUGGGGACCCCGAUCAGACACUAUAUCCUCGGGAACUGCGUAGUGCCGGAAGACGUGGGUGAACAAAGCCUCAGCGGUCUUUAGGGCAGUAGGGAGACCCGGCAUUGGAAUGAGACGACAGGCCUUAGAGAACCGAUCCACAACGACCAGAAUAGUGGUAUUCCCCUGAGAGGGGGGAAGGUCUGUGACAAAGUCCACCGAGAGGUGAGACCACGGCCGUUGUGGAACGGGCAGGGGUUGUAACUUCCCCCUGGGCAGGUGUCUAGGCGCCUUACACUGAGCGCACACCGAGCAGGAGGAGACAUAAACCCUCACGUCCCUAGCCAAUGUUGGCCACCAGUACUUAACACUAAGGCAGUGCACUGUCCGGCCAAUACCUGGAUGUCCAGAGGAGGGUGACGUAUGAGCCCAAUAAAUGAGACGAUCAUGGACCUCGAGCGGCACGUACGUCCGACCCACUGGACACUCUGGGGGAGUAGGGUCGGUGCGUAACGCCCGCUCAAUUUCCGCAUCGACCUCCCAUACCACCGGUGCCACCAGACAAGACUCCGGCAGUAUGGGAGUGGGCUCAAUGGACCUCUCAUCUGUGUCAUACCGCCGGGACAGGGCGUCUGCCUUACCGUUCUGGGACCCUGGGAUGUAAGUGAUCUUAAAAACAAACCGGUUCAGAAACAUGUUCCACCUAGCCUGACGAGGGUUCAAUCUCCUAGCUGCCCGGAUGUACUCCAGGUUACGAUGGUCAGUCAGAAUGAGAAAAGGGUGUUGAGCCCCCUCAAGCCAAUGCCUCCACACCUUUUGGGCUUGAACCACGGCUAACAGCUCCCUGUCCCCUACGUCAUAAUUACGUUCCGCCGGGCUGAGCUUUUUAGAAUAAAAAGCUCAGGGACGGAGCUUAGGAGGCGUGCCGGAGCGUUGCGACAGUACUGCCCCAAUACCGGCCUCUGACGCGUCCACCUCUACCUAGAACGCUAAAACGGGGUCCGGGUGAGCCAGCACCGGAGCCGAAAUGAACAGGUCCUUCAGUUUACAAAACGCCCUGUCCGCUUCAGCCGACCACUUUAAACGCACCGGGCCCCCCUUCAGCAGGGAAGUAAUGGGAGCUGCUACCUGUCCAAAACCCCGGAUAACUUCCGGUAGUAAUUGGCAAAACCCAAAAACUGCUGCACCUCUUUAACAGUGGUUAGGGUUUGCCAGUUACGCACGGCUGACACACGGUCAAUCUCCAUCUUCACCCCUGACGCUGACAACCGAUGACCCAAGAAGGAGAUGGACUCCUGGAAAAACCGACAUUUCUCUGCCUUGACAUACAAAUCAUGCUCCAACAGCCUACCCAACACUCGGCGCACCAGGGCUACAUGCUCGGCUCAUGUAGCAGAGUACACUAGGAUGUCGUCAAUGUACACUACCACUCCCUGCCCAUGCAGGUCCCGGAAGAUCUUUUCCACAAAUGAUUGGAAGACUGAAGGAGCAUUCAUUAACCCGUAUGGCAUGACAAGAUACUCAUAAUGACCUGAGGUGGUACUAAAUGCCGUCUUCCAUUCAUCUCCCUCCCUAAUGCGCACCAAGUUAUAAGCGCUCCUGAGAUCCAGUUUUGUGAAGAAACGCGCUCCGCGUAAUGAUUCAGUGGAAGAGGAAGAGGGUAACUGUAUUUCACAGUGAUCUGAUUGAGACUACGGUAAUCAAUAUACGGGCGCAACCCUCCAUCCUUCUAAUUCACAAAAAAGAAACUCGAGGACGCAGGGGAAGUGGAGGGCCGUAUGUAUCCUUGUCUCAGGGACUCAGCUAUGUAUGUCUCCAUAGCCGCCGUCUCCUCUUGAGACAGAGGAUACACAUGGCUCCGCGGGAGUGCCGCACCUGUCUGGAGGUUUAUCGCACAAUCUCCCUGUCUGAGGUGGCAAUCGUGUCGCCCUCGUCUUGCUGAACACGAGUGCCAAAUCCUCAUACUCAGGGGGAAUGUGCAUUGCGGGCACUUGGUUCGGACUCUCCACCGUGGUCGCCCCAACGGAAACACCUAAACAUCGCCCAACACACUGGCCAGACCAUUCCUUGAGAGCCCUCUGUUGCCACGAAAUGGUGGGGUCAUGGGUGAUUAACCAAGGAAGCCCCAGCACCACGGGAUACGCAGGGGAGUCAAUUAGAUACAACUGAAUAAUCUCCUCAUGACCCCCCUGCGUCUUCAUCUUUAUUGGCGCUGUGACCUCCCUAAUCAACCCAGAUCCCAACGGGCGGCUAUCUAGGGCAUGGACAGGAAAAGGUGCAUCAACGGGCAGGAGGGGAAUCCCUAACUUAGAACAACAUUUCCGAUCAAUACAAUUCCCAGCUGCGCCUGAAUCGACUAGCGCCAUGCUGGGAAUGAGAUGCAACCUGAGGAAAUACCACAGGUAUACACAAGUGAACAACAGAGAGCUCUGGGUGAGUGGGGCGCCUACUCACCUGAAAUGACUCCCCAGUGCGCGACCUGUUGCCCCGAUUCCCUGGAGACCCUCUCCAGCACCUAGCCGCAGUGUGUCCGCCACGGCCACAGCUGGUGCAGGGGACGGCCCCCCUCGGGUUCUCUCUCCUUCUCUCUCUAGCGCCAGCACCCCCGAGCUCCAUAGGGCUCGGCUCGGAGGUGCUGGGGGAUGGAAUGGACGGCCCCAACUCGGGACGUCCGCGGGUGGCCAGCAGGGUAUCCAGACGGAUGGACAUGUCCACUAGCUGGUCGAAGGACAGGUUGGUGUCCCUGCAGGCCAGCUCUCGACGAACGUCCUCACGCAGGCUACACCGAUAGUGGUCGAUGAGGGCCCUCUCAUUCCAUCCCGCAUCCACCGCGAAAUCCAGGGCGAACUCCUGUGCGCUCCUCUUCCCCUGUCGGAGGUGGAACAGACGCUCCCCCGCCGCUUUACCCUCAGGAGGGUGAUCGAAAACAGCCCUGAAGCGGCGGGAGAACUCCGCGUAGCUGAUGAUGGCGGCGUCUAUUCCCCUCCAUUCGCCGUUGGCCCACUCCAACGCCUUGCCGGAGAGACAGGAGAUGAGGGCGGAAACGCUCUCGUAUCCCGAGGGCGCCGGGUGUAUGGUGGCUAGGUAGAGUUCCACCUGAAGGAGGAACCCCUGACACCCGGCUGCGGUGCCAUCAUACGCCCUCGGGAGCAAGAGCCGAAUCCCACUGGAUUCCGGAGCUGGUCUGGUGGGACUGGCCGAUGGUGGUGGUAAUGUAGGAGGAGGUGUGGGCACGCCUCCCCUUUCCCAUCGGCGCAGGGUGUUUUCAUCACCUCCUGCAUGGCGGAGCCGAGUUGCUGGAUCCUGGCGUCCUGGCAGCUGACCCGAUCCUCCAGCGACUCGGUCGGCGCAGCCGCUCCUGCUGACUCCAUAGUAUGGUGUGUUGUUCUGUCACGGCUGAUGUGGAUGCGGUGUGGGAGUCAGGCGCAGGACACAGAAGCUUAGUCACAAUGACUUUAAUAGUCAAAAAGGCAAUAACCAAAAUAACGUGCCUCUAACACAGGAGGCGAGCGAUUACGCUAACAGUGCGUAAAAGACUAAAUACUCGAGAACACAAUAACGAUACACCAAACGGACAGGCGUACAACAACACACAACUGCAAACAAAACCAAAGGAAACUUAUAGGUGACAUAAUCCAUACAUAAUACGAGACAGGUGCACCAACAAGACAAAACCAAACAAACAUAGAGAACAUCAAACGGUAGCAGCUAGUACUCCGGGGACGACGAACGCCGAAGCCUGCCCGAACAAGGAGGAGGAGCAGCCUCGGCGGAAUUCAUGACAAUGAGCGCAAAAGUGAUAAUUUGAAACACGCUAGAUUUAGAGUUAUUUGGCAACUUUAGUUGUGAAUGAUACAAACCUUAGAAUGUCUUAGAAAUCAAAAUAUAUAUGGGUUGUAUGAUGCAACUAUAGGUUAUUGAUGAUUUGAGAAAGUUGCAAAAACCUAUGUUCCUUGCCUCAGGCUGCAAACGCUGUUCUCUCAAGUGAUCAUAUUUUCAUCCAUCAGACUAUUCUCAGUUGAAUCUCGUCUUUACUAAUAUGUAAAAUUUGUUUAGAUUUAGAAUGGCCCAUUAUUAAAUGGGCACGAACAGGGGCAGGGAAAAAAAGACAUGUCAUCCGUAUGCACUCGAAUAGCGAUUCAAUGCAUCAACCACUGUUUGAGGGGCAUGCAGCCCCAAACUCUGUAUGCCAUAGGUUCUCCAACCCUCUUCCUGCAGCUACCCAGUGCUUAAUUUGGGAAACCAAGUGAAAUUUGUUUGGGAACAUCGAUAGUAAUAUGUUUUCACAACUAAACAUAUUUCAUUAAACUGUUGACAGCCCUUCUCUCUACACAAUGGUGAGAUACUCUGUAGCUAAAGGUAAUGUGUCAGCCUAUAAAAAAAAGCCCUAUUACUAGGCUAUUCAAAUUCACUAUAAGUGAAAGCUAACUCUGUAAGUUGAACAAUCGAUGAACCAUUAGCAUAGCCUGGCAUUUCUAACACACGGCCCAUUUUUUUCCUUGAGGCCCCCACACCGGCCCAUUUAUUUGCUUGAGGCCCCCAUUAUUAGCCAGAUAAUUACCUUUUUGCUAAAAAAACUAAAACAAAUUAGACAGGCCCACUAGGCUAAAAACGGACCAGCCAAUCUUGCAUUUGCCCGAAAUGCCAGAUGGCCAGUCCGCCCCUGCAUGGAUAUAAAGUUUGAAGCGUAGCAUAUGCUAACCAGUCCAUCCAAUACAGUCCAAACUCAAAGGCGAUUACUAGAAUUGGAGUAUAGACUAGACCAAUUAUGUACCAAAGACAUCUUAAAUCAGUUUUUUCAAAAUGUUCUGCCAUGUGUAAUAUGCGGUAAGCUAUGUAUUGUAUAACGGCACAAUCCUUAUUUUAAUUCAGUUUUUUUUUCAGGCUUGGGCUCAUAUAUAGGACUAUGCAUAUGCAUAAGCUCUAAUAUGCGUAUGGUUGUUUUGAAUGAAUCAUCACCUUAGAAAGUGCUGUCCAUUUUGUUGUGUUAGGCUUAUCCAUAUGCAUCCACAAUGAUCAUGUUUUCCACUCAGUUUCAACCUGUUGUUGAACUUCUUUCUUCAAAUUGAUCAAUCACAGUGAGGUAAGUUUGAAAAGCAAGAUACUGUUUUGAUGAUAAGUGUUUGAUUUGAUUUUCGAUACCAUUUGCAUUGAUGUCAGAAUGGUUAGAGGAACAAUAGAGCCCUGAGUACGAGGCCAUUAGCGACUUGAUGGUCGUUAGCGAUUUGAGUAUGUCCAGUUGGGUAUGUCCAGUUAGGUAUGUCCAGAGUGCAUAAAAGGAGCUUACCGUUACUCAACGGUCAUACGGUCACCACAACAGCCCUAAUCUUGAUCACAUAAUGAGUAGUUAUUUAGGAUGCAAUAUGAUUUGUAGAUCAGUGAUUCUGUGUAGUCCGGCUGCAAUGUAGUCAAUCUGAAACAUACCUCUGUCAGUAGGCUAGAUAUCAUAUUGUCACAGGGACACCUUUCAUUACAGCUAAAGAUGGCUGUAUUACAGCAGAGAGGAAGAGGAAAAGCAAGAGGGUUUUACUUCACUCAAAAACUGUCCACAAAAAUAUGCAUUUUUGUAUGGAGGUCAAUGAGAGUGUUGAAUUUGGUCAACAGACAAUGGAAUUGCUAAUUUACUACAUUAGGCUUAUUUGAGCUAAUAUACAUUUCGUAAUGUGUAGGUUAUUACGAAUGCAUUGAUUAAAUUGACGCCCGUGGCAUUUUGGUGACUUUAUAUUGAAGUUGUGCCUGUUGUUCACACGCGUAUCUGCCCUCUCAUUGGCUAGAAUGGUCUCACCUGAUCUCGCCUCCUCCCGCCUUCCUUCCAUCUUUGAGGACAUGUAUUUCCAUUGUUAGAGUGGUCACACAACUAUCUUCUCAAUAUAAUAGAUAAUCUUUGAUUACAGUAAGCCUAACAAAAUGGAAGGUAUUUUCCUUUCCAAUUAUCGAAUCAUCCUAUGAAUGCUUCUAGUCAGGAUCAAUGCCAAGUAUGGCACCCUAUUCCCUAUAGUGCACUACUUCUGACCAGAGCCUAUGGGUGCGCCGGAACUGAUUUAAAUCGGCCAGAGUCUGGCUGCCGGGCUCAGCUCGACAUAUUGAAUGACUGCCCAGAAUCAGGCCGAGUACAUCGGGCCAAUUCUGUCUGCCAGAACUAAGCCGACACAGCAGGUGUCUUGUCAGAAUCCCCCCAGAAGUGGUCCGAUGCAAAUUCUUGUUAAUAUUACCCAUCCACCUCCCUGAUUCAGUUGCAUUAUACCAUAUCAAAAUACAAACAGCUGUAACAACCUCACACAAUGAACAAGUAGACAUUUACUCAUUGCUUAGAAUUUAUUUAUUUUUCAACAGGAAAUGUGUUAUAAUUCAUUCAAAAAAAUCACAUAGGGAACAGAGCCCACAUCCACAACAUCAACUACAGUCUCCAGCUGCAGCAUGGCCUGUGACAAACUGUCCUGUCACAAAAAAAUAGCCUUUCACUACAACCAAUACCAUUGACAUCAAUCUCACUGUAGUAUCAACUUUGCUAAGUUAUACUUAAAUCCGAACUGGUUCUCAAGCAAAUUAGUAAGAUUGUCUCACCCACUGUUCAAGAAAGGCCUUUUUCCCUUUAUUCAGAUUACAACCUCUCACUUUCAGUUAUUUGAAAAGGAAAUAAUCUCCCAAAUGUCACUAUUUCUAAAACAAGCCAUAGAAAGUUGGUUGCAAUUUCAAUUUAAUCCUCCAGAAACGACAGAAAAAAUAAUGCAACAAAUAUUGUGGUUAAAUUCAAAUAUACUAAUUGACAAAAAACCUUUAUUUUUUGACAGAAUGUUUAAAAAAGGUAUAAUCUUCGUAAAUGAUAUCAUCGGUAGGACUGGUGGAGUUAUGUCGCACAUGCAGCUAACAAAAACAUAUGGAAAUGUCUGCUCUACCCAAAAUUACAACCAAAUAAUUGCAGCCUUACCGCAAAAGAAAGAAGAGGAAAGUUGAAGGGGGAGAAAGUAAGGAACUUGUCUGUCGGCCUUGCAUUAAAGAACAUAAUUGGUUAAGGAAAACUGUGAUAAAUAAAAAAGUAUAUCAGUUUCACUUAAGGACCAAAGGAUUGACAGCCGUCCCAUAUAGAUUGCAAAAUAGUUGGGAAGAGAUCUUUGACGUACCGAUCCCAUGGCAUAGUGUUUAUGAACUGACACGCAAAACGACACCGGAUUCAAAAAUUAGAAUCUUUCAAUUUAAAUUAUUAUAUAAAAUUCUUGCUACCAAUAGAAUGUUAUUUAUAUGGGGGAUACAAUCUUCCCAGCUCUGCAGAUUUUGCUGUGAAGAGAUAGAAUCAUUAGAUCAUUUGUUUUGGUUCUGUCCAUUUGUAGCUUGUUUUUGGACACAGGUCCAGGAAUGGCUAAAGGAUUGCAAUAUUUACCUGGAACUAACCUUGCAGAUAGCAUUACUGGGUGAUCUGAAAAGUCAUAGUCAAUCAAUCAAUAAUAUAAUAAUACUUUUAGCAAAAAUGUUUAUUUUUAAUUCACAAUCUGUAGAAGCAAUGAGAAUAGAAAGGUUCAGAACUUUUGUAAAACAUCACAGUACGGUUGAAAUAUAUAUGGCAAAUAGAAAUCCUAUAUGGAUGGUGUUAAGAGAUAGAUGGGAGGUAUUGAAUAGAGUUGAAGGAUGGGACUAAUAACAAAUAACAACAAAUAAUAACAAAGAUAGCUAAUAAUGUAAGCAUACUGUGUCCAUAAUAAGUAUAUAGGUUGUAUGUUGGGAGCUUUUGGGAAAGAGCACAGUUAGAAAGAUAUGGCAUUUAGAAGCAAACCGGAUGGACAUCAUGAAAAUGAUUGGAGAGGUUGAGAGUAGAAGAAGUUCAGGAGCAAAAAAAUAAAUAAAUAUAUAUAUAUAUAUAUAUAUAUAUAUAUAUAGAUAUAGAAUUAUUGUAAAAUUAACUCUGUCCAUAAGGUGUAGAUAGUAAGUAUAGACCGGAAGUAGAGGCCUGGGCGUUGUUGUUCACUAAUUUACUCCAAGUAGGGAAAGGAUGGUGGGGUUGAAAAGUAAUAAAGGGGAAUAUAUAUAUAAAAAAUAAAAAAAACAUGGGGGAUUGGAAGUGAUGCAGACAAUUACAUUGAUAGAAGAUACAAUAUAUCUGCAAUAUUAAGCUGAUCCAUCCCCCCCCCCAAAAAAAAAAAAAAAAAAAAAAAAAAACUUUGCUCUGGGGCCAUGGAAGCCUCAGUUUUUACAUUUUAACAUGGCCUGAGAAGAACAAUAUGGGCAGGCCAAUACAAGCAUUGCCAAUAUGCCUAAUUUUACUAGUGUCUUUUGUAGAGCAUUUUGGCUAGUUUUAUGGUAAAGAGAUAAUGUAUAUAAUGUGCAUAGCCUUUAUACUUCUAAGUGAUGACUGAAUACUAUCUCAGAGUUUCCUUUUGAAAACUUCUUAGGUCCAAUUAUUUUGUUGUUGUUGUUGUUAUACGACGGAUGUCAGAGUUUGAACAUGCAACCUCUGAUGGUUGUAGUGAAGUACCAUGUUUAAAAAUCUCACAAUGAUGGUCCUAUUCCACAACAUGUCACAUGUCCUGUCAGUGAAUAUAAGGAAAUAUAUCUUGCGAAAUUCUGCAUCAAGGUUGUUUCAGUGGUGACAAUUCAUCAAAAGCAAAGACAGCACAGGCUUAUAGCGACCAAAUGAGGUUGCAGCUGUGUAAAAACAUCAUACUUCAAAAUAAUUGGGAAAAGUUCAAUGCCUUUUUUUAGUGGCUAUUGCAUAGUAAAAAUAAAACGCACCAACGUGUUGCAGCUCACAGGCUUUCUUCAGGGUGCCUGUGAGCGUACAAUGAGUCACUCCUCUCAGAAACUUUUUUGACUACCCAAUGAACUCAAAUUAUGGAGUGUGGCUUUAAGGUUUUUCUGAUCAUCUAUGUGAACAUUUAUUAUAUAUCAAAUAUAAAGUACUGAGAACAGUUGAAAAAAAAUUGGUCUUCAUUGUUAACUGUGCAUCAAGAGGUGUCUAACAUAAUGAGCAUUACAUCACAUCUCUAUUGAAAUAUGAAGGUAUGACACUGGUAAUAAACAUGCACAGGUUUACAUAUUAAAAGUAGCAUGACCUUUCCCGAGACCAACUGUGCCCUAAGAACUGAUAGGAUUUGUACUUUACAGUCUGAUGAGGAACAUCACAAAGAGACCUCCCCACUUAGCGAAAUUGGUUUUGGUAUGGUAACAGCAUUCCCCGUUAUUGUGUUUAGUGUGUAGGGUAGGGUAUACUGUCGGGUGUAGUAGUUACAGCACUCCUCUACUCGAACUGGUCGUAUUCUCCCCUCUGGUAGUCUUCCACCUCUGUAGCUCAAUUGGUAGAGCAUGGCGCUUGUAACGCCAGGGUAGUGGGUUCGAUCCCCGGGACCACCCAUACGUAAAAAUGUAUGCGCACAUGACUGUAAGUCGCUUUGGAUAAAAGUGUCUGCUAAAUGGCAUAUUAUUAUUAUUAUUAUUCAACUGCAGCCUUUGCAGUUCCAGCAGAAUCAGCUAUUGUUUUUACUUAAGUGUCUCUAAUGGUGUUAAUUAACCUUUUACUGCAGGGGGCUAAAUCAGGGUCACACAGAGUGAUUCUUGGUAGUCUGAAACAAAUCUACUUUGAAACAAAAGUAUACACCUCACACACAUGGGCUUAUGGGCUUAAAAAAAGAACACACCUGUACCAUGGCAGAUAUAGAGUUGAACUUCAUUCAAUGUUGAGUUUGCAUCCCAAUAUUACACUUUAAAUAAAUCACAGAAGACUGAAAUAUAACAAAACUGUUUAACACAGAAACACCGGAUUUUCAUUGUUUAAAAAAUAAUAUCAUUUAUGAAUUAUGAAUUAUGCAAAAUAUUAAUAACGUUCCACCCAUGAGGCCAAAGCGGGCGCUUUUGGUCAUUGACUGCAGGAAAGUGCUACAAUCUCAUGAAGAACUGCUGCAAAAAAUACAAAACAAAACACAAAGAGCGCACAUUUAACACCAAGUUAUAAUUUCUCCUAAUCCCCUAAAUGUCCAAACAGUUGUGGUUUUAUCCCUCAUGUCCAGUAAAAAGCAUGAGCUGACACACACUCCAAAAAUCAUGUUAGAUGUGCUGUCGGACCAUCAAAUAAUUGGCAUAUUAAUUACUCUUACAUAAUGUCCACGUAGGCGAGGAUAUUAGAAAUGUUAUCAAAGCCAAUUGGAUGACAACUUGUUUUUAACCAGGACAAAAAAUGUAUAACUGACUUUUUCCGACAUAAUAUAGGAACAGCAGAUUCGCUUAUUGUAUGGGACACUUUUAAAUGUCCCUUUAGAGGCCAUGCAAUUCAAUACUCAUCUUUAAAACAAAUGCAAUUUAGGUCAAAAUAAUUAAUAUUAACAAAGGAAAUAGAGGGACUAACAGUACAGAUAAAUAGCAAUAAAAACUACCAUAGAUGCACAGAAUAUGUUAAAGGAAAAACAAACAGAAAUGGAGGAACGUAUUCAAGAAAGAUCAAGCGUAAUAUAUUAUAAAAUAAAGCGAACUGGAUGGAAUGUGAGGAAAAAUGCACCAAAUUAUUUUUUAAUCUUCAACAUAGAAAUGCUACCAAAUAUUGUUUACUGAAACAUGUUACAUCCAUGAUUCACCAAAUUAUAUUUUGAAAGAGGAAGCAAAGUACUGUAAGCAUAUGUUUUUGUUUCAGUCUCCUCCAUCUCCACUAACCAAAGUGAAUUGUUUCUAUUAAUAAUGUAAAAGUAACAGCUGUACAGAAAGAUUCAUGUGAAGGUCAAAUUACAGAGGAGGAACUUCUUGAUGCAAUAAAAGCCUUUAAGUCUGGGAAAACUCCAGGACUAGAUGGCAUACCAGGUAAGGUAAACCAAACCUUUUUUGAUGUACUCAGAGGACCGUUAUUAGCAUGUUUUAACCACUCCUAUAAAAUGGUAGAUUAUCAAAUACUCAACAAGAAGGUCUGAUUUCAUUAUUACUGAAACAGUACCCAAGUGGUAAAUAUAAUGAUCCAGUCCAUUAAAAAAAAUCACAUACACAUGGUUAGCAGAUGUUAAUGUGAGUGUAACGAAAUGCUUGUGCUUUUUGUUCUGACAGGGCAGCAAUAUCUAGCAAGUUAUAUCUAAUAGUUCCACAACAAAAACCUAAUACACACAAAUCUAAGUAAAGGAAUGGAAUAAGAAUAUAUCAAUAUAUGGAUGAGCAAUGUCAUUAUCAGAGUGGCAUAGGCUAAGAUGCAAUAGAUAGUAUAGAAUAUAGUAUAUACAUAUGAGAUGGGUAAUGCAAAAUAUGUAAACUUUAUUAAAGUGGCAUUAUUAAAGUUACAUUAUUAAAGUGACUAGUGUUCAAUUUAUUAAAGUGGCCAGUGAUUUUCAAGUCUAUAUGUAGGCAGCAGCCUCUCUGUGCUAGUGAUGGCUGUUUAACAGUCUGAUGGCCUUGAGAUAGAAGCUGUUUUUCAGUCUCUCGGCCCCAGCUUUGAUGCACCUGUACUGACCUCGCCUUCUGGAUGAUAGCGAGGUGAACAGGCAGUGGCUCGGGUGGUAGUUGUCCUUGAUUAUCUUUUUGGCCUUCCUGUGACAUCGGGUGCUGUAGUUGUGCUGGAAGGCAGGUAGUUUACCCACGGUGAUGCGUUGUGCGGACCGCACCACCCUCUGGAGAGCCCUGCGGUUGUGGGUGGUGCAGUUGCCGUACCAGGCGGUGAUACAGCCCGACAGGAUGCUCUCAAUUGUGCAUCUGUAAAAGUUUGUGAGGGUUUUAGGUGACAGGCCACAUUUCUUCAGUCUUCGGAGAUUGAAGAGACGCUGUUGCGCCUUUUUCACCACACUGUCUGUGUGGGUGGACCAUUUUAGUUUGCCAGUGAUAUGUACGCUGAGGAACUUAAAACUUUCCACCUUCUCCACUGCUGUCCCGUCGAUGUGGAUGGGGGUACUCCCUCUGUUGUUUCCUGAAGUCCACAAUCAUCUCCUUUGUUUUUUUUAUGUUGAGUGAGAGGUUAUUUUCCUGACACCACACUCCGAGAGCCCUUACCUCCUCCCUGUAGGCUGUCUCAUCGUUGUUGGUAAUCAAGCCUACUACUGUUGUGUCGUCUGCAAACUUGAUGAUUGAGUUGGAGGCGUGCAUGGCUACGCAGUCAUGGGUGAACAGUGAGUACAGGAGUGGGCUGAGCACACACCCUUGUGGGGCCCCAGUGUUGAGGAUCAGUGAAGUGGACAUGUUUCCUACCUUCACCACCUGGGGGCAGCCCGUCAGGAAGUCCGGGACCCAAUUGCACAGGGUGGGGUUGAGACCCAUGGCCUCAAGCUUGAUGAUGAGCUUGAAGGGUACUAUGGUGUUGAAUGCUGAGCUAUAGUCAAUUAACAGCAUUCUUAUAUAGGUAUUCCUCUUGUCCAGAUGGGAUAGGGCAGUGUGCAGUGUGAUGGCAAUUGCAUCAUCUGUGGACCUAUUGGUGCGGUAUGCAAGUUGAAGUGGGUCUAGGGUGACAGGUAAAGUGGAGGUGAUAUGAUCCUUGACUAGUCUCUCAAAGCACUUACUGAUGACAGAAGUGAGUGCUACGGGGUGAUAGUCAUUCAGUGUUGUGAUGCAACAAUUCUAGCAAAAUGCAUAGAACAUAGAAUUAAAAAGGUAUUGUCGGAUAUUACUCAUCCUAAUUUUUUACAUGGACGAUACACAUUGGAGAUAAUAUAAGACAAGUACUGGAAACAAUAAAAUCUAUGAAAAUCAGGGAAACCAGGCCUGGUAUUCAUAGAUUACUUUGAAAAGGUUUUUGAUAAAGUUCUGUGCCUUGCAAAAGUAUUCAUCCCCCUUGGCGUUUUUCCUAUUUUGUUGCAUUACAAUCUGUAAUUUAAAUGGAUCUUUAUUUGGAUUUCAUGUAAGGGACAUACACAAAAUAUUCCAAAUUGGUGAAGUGAAAUGAAAAAAAUAAAUAACGGAAAAGUUGUGCGUGCAUAUGUAUUCACCCCCUUUGCUAUGAAGCCCCUAAAUACGAUCUGGUGCAACCAAUUACCUUCAGAUGUCACAUAAUUAGUUAAAUAAAGUCCAGCUGUGUGCAAUCUAAGUGUCACAUGAUCUGUCACAUGUUCUCAGUAUAUAAACACCUGUUCUGAAAGGCCCCAGAGUCUGCAACACUACUAAGCAAGCGGCACCAUGAAGACCAAGGAGCUCUCCAAACAGGUCAGGGACAAAGUUGUGGAGAAGUACAGAUCAGGGUUGGGUUAUGAAAAAAUAUCUGAAACUUUGACCAUCCCACUGAGCACCAUUAAAUCCUAUAUACAGUGGGGGAAAAAAGUAUUUAGUCAGCCACCAAUUGUGCAAGUUCUCCCACUUAAAAAGAUGAGAGAGUCCUGUAAUUUCCAUCAUAGGUGCACGUCAACUAUGACAGACAAAAUGAGAAUUUUUUUUCCAGAAAAUCACAUUGUAGGAUUUUUAAUGAAUUUAUUUGCAAAUUAUGGUGGAAAAUAAGUAUUUGGUCAAUAACAAAAGUUUCUCAAUACUUUGUUAUAUACCCUUUGUUGGCAAUGACACAGGUCAAACGUUUUCUGUAAGUCUUCACAAGGUUUUCACACACUGUUGCUGGUAUUUUGGCCCAUUCCUCCAUGCAGAUCUCCUCUAGAGCAGUGAUGUUUUGGUGCUGUCGCUGGGCAACAUGGACUUUCAACUCCCUCCAAAGAUUUUCUAUGGGGUUGAGAUCUGGAGACUAGCUAGGCCACUCCAGGACCUUGAAAUGCUUCUUACGAAGCCACUCCUUCGUUGCCCGGGCGGUGUGUUUGGGAUCAUUGUCAUGCUGAAAGACCCAGCCACAUUUCAUCUUCAAUGCCCUUGCUGAUGGAAGGAGGUUUUCACUCAAAAUCUCACGAUACAUGGCCCCAUUCAUUCUUUCCUUUACACGGAUCAGUCGUCCUGGUCCCUUUGCAGAAAAACAGCCCCAAAGCAAGAUGUUUCCACCCCCAUGCUUCACAGUAGGUAUGGUGUUCUUUGGAUGCAACUCAGCAUUCUUUGUCCUCCAAACACGACGAGUUGAGUUUUUACCAAAAAGUUCUAUUUUGGUUUCAUCUGACCAUAUGACAUUCUCCCAAUCCUCUUCUGGAUCAUCCAAAUGCACUCUAGCAAACUUCAGACGGGCCUGGACAUGUACUGGCUUAAGCAGGGGGACACGUCUGGCACUGCAGGAUUUGAGUCCCUGGCGGCGUAGUGUGUUACUGAUGGUAGGCUUUGUUACUUUGGUCCCAGCUCUCUGCAGGUCAUUCACUAGGUCCCCCCGUGUGGUUCUGGGAUUUUUGCUCACCGUUCUUGUGAUCAUUUUGAUCCCACUGGGUGAGAUCUUGCGUGGAGCCCCAGAUCGAGGGAGAUUAUCAGUGGUCUUGUAUGUCUUCCAUUUCCUAAUAAUUGCUCCCACAGUUGAUUUCUUCAAACCAAGCUGCUUACCUAUUGCAGAUUCAGUCUUCCCAGCCUGGUGCAGGUCUACAAUUUUGUUUCUGGUGUCCUUUGACAGCUCUUUGGUCUUGGCCAUAGUGGAGUUUGGAGUGUGACUGUUUGAGGUUGUGGACAGGUGUCUUUUAUACUGAUAACAAGUUCAAACAGGUGCCAUUAAUACAGGUAACGAGUGGAGGACAGAGGAGCCUCUUAAAGAAGAAGUUACAGGUCUGUGAGAGCCAGAAAUCUUGCUUGUUUGUAGGUGACCAAAUACUUAUUUUUCACCAUAAUUUGCAAAUAAAUUCAUUAAAAAUCCUACAAUGUGAUUUUCUGGAUUUUUUUUCUCAAUUUGUCUGUCAUAGUUGACGUGUACCUAUGAUGAAAAUUACAGGCCUCUCUCAUCUUUUUAAGUGGGAGAACUUGCACAAUUGGUGGCUGACUAAAUACUUUUUUCCCCCACUGUAUUUAAAAUUUUAAAGAAUAUGGCACCACAACAAACCUGCCAAGAGAGGGCCGCCCACCAAAACUCACUGACCAGGUGAGGAGGGCAUUAAUAGAGAGGCAACAAAGAGACCAAAGAUAACCCUGAAGGAGCUGCAAAGCUCCACAGCGGAGAUUGGAUCAUCUGUACAUAGGACCACUUUAAGCUGUACACUCCACAGAGCUGGGCUUUAUGGAAGAGUGGCCAGAAAAAAUAUAUUGCUUAAAGAAGAAAAUAAGCAAACACGUUUGGUGUUUGCUAAAAGGCAUGUGGGAGACUCCCCAAUCAUAUGGAAGAAGGUACUCUGGUCAGAUGAGACUAAAAUUGAGCUUUUUGGCCAUCAAGGAAAACACUAUGUCUGGUGCAAACCCAACACCUCUCAUCACCCCGAGAACACCAUCCCUACAGUGAAGCAUGGUGGUGGCACCAUCAUGCUGUGGGGAUGUUUUUCAUUGGCAGGGACUGGGAAACUGGUCAGAUUUGAAGGAAAGAUGGAUGGUGCUAAAUACAGGGAAAUUCUUGAGGGAAACCUGUUUCAGUCUUCCAGAGAUUUGAGACUGGGACGUUCGGUUGAAGUCGGAAGUUUACAUAUACCUUAGCCAGAUCAAUUUAAACUCAGUUUUUCACAAUUCCUGACAUUUAAUCCUUGUAAAAAUUCCCUGUUUUAGGUCAGUUAGAAUCACCACUUUAUUUUAAGAAUGUGAAAUGUCAGAAUAAUAGUAGAGAGAAUGAUUUAUUUCAGCAUUUCUUUAUUUCAUCACAUUCCCAGUGGGUCAGAAGUUUACAUACACUCAAUUAGUAUUUGGUAGCAUUGCCUUUAAAUUGUUUAACUUGGGUCAAACGUUUCGGUUAGCCUUCCACAAGCUUCCCACAAUGAAUUGGGUGCAUUUGGCCCAUUCCUCCUGACAGAGCUGGUGUAACUGACUCAGGUUUGUAGGCCUCCUUGCUCGCACACACUUUUUCAGUUCUGCUCACAGAUUUUCUAUAGGAUUUAGGUCAGGGCUUUGUGAUGGCCACUCCAAUACCUUGACAUUGUUGUCCUUAAGCCAUUUUGCCACAACUUUGGAAGUAUGCUUGGGGUCAUUGUCCAUUUGGAAGACCAAUUUGCGACCAAGCUUUAACUUCCUGACUGAUGUCUUGAGAUGUUGCUUCAAUAUAUCCACAUAAUUUUCCAUCCUCAUGAUGCCAUCUAUUUUGUGAAGUGCACCAGUCCCUCCUGCAGCAAAGCACCCCCACAGCAUGAUGCUGCCACCCCCGUACUUCACGGUUGGGAUGGUGUUCUUUGUCUUGCAAGCAACCUCCUUUUUCCUCCAAACAUAAUGAUGGUCAUUAUGGUCAAACAGCUCUAUUUUUGUUUCAUCAGACCAGAGGACAUUUCUCCAAAAACUCUGAUCUUUGUCCCCAUGUGCAGUUGCAAACCAUAGUCUGGCUUUUUUAUGGUGGUUUUGGAGCAGUGGCUUUUUCCUUGCUGAGCGGCCUUUCAGGUUAUGUCGAUAUAAGACUCGUUUUACUGUGGAUAUAGAUACUUUUGUACCUGUUUCCUCCAGCAUCUUCACAAGGUCCUUUGCUGUUGUUCUAGGAUUGAUUUGCACUUUUCCCACCAAAGUACGUUCAUCUCUAGGAGACAGAACGCGUCUCCUUCCUGAGCGGUAUGCGUGGUCCCAUGGUGUUUGUACAGAUGAACGUGGUACCUUCAGGUGAUUGGAAAUUGCUCCCAAGAAUGAACCAGACUUGUGGAGGUCUACAAUUUUUUUUCUGAGGUCUUGGCUGAUUUCUUUUAAUUUUCCCAUGAUGUCAAGCAAAGAGGCACUGAGUUUGAAGGUAGGCCUUGAAAUACAUCAACAGGUACACCACCACUUGACUCAAAUGAUGUAAAUUAGCCUAUCAGAAGCUUCUAAAGCCAUGACAUCAUUUUCUGGAAUUUUCCAAGCUGUUUAAAGGCACAGUCAACUUAGUUUAUGUAAACUUCUGACCCACUGGAAUUGUGAUACAGUUAAUUAUAAGUGAAAUAAUCUGUCUGUAAACAAUUGUUGGAAAAAUUACUUGUGUCAUUCACAAAGUAGAUGUCCUAACAGAAUUGCCAAAACUAUAGUUUGUUAACAAGAAAUAUGUGGAGUGGUUGAAAAACUAGUUUUAAUGACUCCAACUUCAAUUGUAGGUUCACCAUCCAGUAGGACAUUCACCAUUCAGUAGGACAAUGACCCUAAGCAUACUGUUAACGCAGCACUUGAGUGGUUUAAGGGGAAACAUUAAAAUGUCUUGGAAUGGCCUAGUCAAAGCCCAGACCUCAAUCCAAUUGAGAAUCUGUGGUAUGACUUAAAGAUUGCUUUACACCAGUGGAACCCAUCCAACUUGAAGGAGCUGGAGCAGUUUUGCCUUGAAGAAUGGGAAAUAAUCCUAGUGGCUAGAUGUGCCAAGCAUAUAGAGACAUACCCCAAGAGACUUGCAUCUGUAAUUGGUGCAAAAGCUGUCUCUACAAAGUAUUGACUUUGGGGUUGUGAAUAGUUUUUUUGUGUUAUUGCUUGUUUGUUUCACACAAAAAAAAAUUGCAUCUUCAAAGUGGUAGGCAUGUUGUGUAAAUCAAAUGAUACAAACCCCCCAAAAAUUCAUUUUAAUUCAAGGUUGUAAGGCAACAAAAUUGGAAAAAUGCCAAGUGGGGUGCAUACUUUCGCAAGCCACUGCACGACUGGAAUUUUUAUAUCAAUGCCUGGAAUAUUUCCAUUUUGGAGAAUCUCUUAUACAUUGGGUUAAAGUUAUGUAUAGUAAAAUAUACGAGCAAAAAAUAUUAUAUUUUAUUUGGAACGGCAACUCAGACAAAAUUAAACUGACCUAUUUAUAUAAUGAAUAUGAAUUCUGAGGGCAGAGAUGAUUAAAUAUUAAAGCAUUAGACCUCUCACUAAAAGCUUAAGUCAUGGAAAAGUUAUACUUAAAUCUGAAUUGGUUCUCUAGCUGUUUAGUAGGAAUGUCUCACCCCCUGUUAAAAAAUACCUCUCAUUUUUGUGAAAAUGAAAUAAUCUCCAAAAUAUCGCUAUUUUUAAAACAAGCCAUAUAAAGAUAGGUGCAAUUUCAGUUUAAUCCACCAGAAAAAAAAACAGAAUAAAUAUUAGAACAAAUAUUAUGGUUAAACUCAAAUAUACAAAUUGAUAAAAAGAAAUAAGAAAAAUGUAUAAUCUUUGUAAAUGAUAUUAUAAAUAGGACUGGUGGAGUUAUGUCUCAGGUGCAGCUAACAAAAAUAUAUAGAAAUGUCUGCUCUAAUCAAAAUUAUAACCAACUAAUUGCAGCAUUACCGCAAAAAUGGAAGAGGCAAGUGGAAGGGGGAGAAAGUCAGGAAAUGCAUUAAAGACCAAAAUUGGUUAAAGAAAAUGUUCAUUAAUAAAAAAGUAUACCUGUUUCAUUUAAGGAUAAAAAAAAUGUACAACUCUGCCAUAUACAUUGCAAAAUAGUUGGGAAGAGAUUUUCAAUGUACCGAUUCCAUGGCACAUGGUUUAUGAACUGAUACACAAAAUGCUGCAAAGAGACAGAAUCAUUAGAUUUAAAAAAUGUGUUCCGUUUCAGGAAUGUCUGAAGAAUUGCUACAUUUACCUGGUGCUAACUCUGCAAAUUGCACUGCUGGGUGAUUUAAAAAGUUAUAGUCAAUCGAUCAAUAAAAUAAUAAUACUCUUAGCAAAAAUGUUUAUCUUUAAUUUACAAUCUGUAGAAACUAUGAGAAUAGAAAGGUUUAGAACUUUUGUGAAACAUCAUAGCACAGUUGAAAAAUAUAUGGCAAACAGAAAUCAACAUCUUCAGAGAUAGAUAGGAGGGGUUGAAGGUAGCUGAAGGAUGGGACUAAAAACAAACAAAAGAUAACUAUUGUAAAAUACACUGUGUCCGUAAAAUGUAGAUAGUAUGUAUAAGCUGGAAGUAGAAGCCUAAGUGUUGUUGUCCAUUAGUUUACUCCAAUUAGGGGAGGGGUGCUAGGGUUAGGGAAAAAAACGAAAGAUAAAAUAUAUAUACACUACCAGUCAAAAGUUUGGACACACCUACUCAUUCAAGGUUUUUCUUUAUUUUUUAAAACGUUUUACAUUGUAGAAUAAUAGUGAAGACAUUAAAACUAUGAACUAACACAUAUGGAAUCAUGUAGUAACCAAAAAAGUGUUAAACAAAUCAACAUUUAUUUUAUGUUUGAGAUUCUUCAAAUAGCAUCCCUUUGCCUUGAUGACAGCUUUGCACACUCUUGGCAUUCUCUCAACCAGCUUCAUGAGGUAUUCACCUGGAAUUAUUUUCAAUUAACAGGUACCUUCUUAAAAGUUAAUUUGUGGAAUCUAUUUCCUUCUUAAUGUGUUUGAGCCAUUCAGUUGUUUUGUGACAAGGUAGGGGGGGGGGGUAUACAGAAGAUAGCCCUAUUUGGUAAAAGACCAAGUCCAUAUUAUGUCAAGAAUAGCUCAAAUAAGCAAAGAGAAAUGACAGUCCAUCAUUACUUUAAGACAUGAAGGUCAGUCAAUACGGAAAAUGUCAACAACUUAAGAAAGUUUCUUCAAGUGCAUUCGCAAAAACCAUCAGGCGCUAUGAUGAAACUGGCUCUCAUGAGGACCGCCACAGGAAUGGAAGACCCAGAGUUACCUCUGCUGCAGAGGAUAAGUUCAUUAGUUAACAGCCGCAGAAACUACAGCUCAAAUAAAUGCACCACAGAGUUCAAGUAACAGACAUCUCAACAUCAACUGUUCAGAGGACCUGUGAAUCAGGCCUUCAUGGUCGAAUUGCUGCAAAGAAAUCCCUACUAAAGGACACCAAUAAGAAGAAGAGACCUGCUUGGCCAAGAAACACGAGCAAUGGACAUUAGACCGGUGGAAAUUUGUCCUUUGGUCUGGAGUCCAAAUGUGAGAUUUUUGGUUCAAACCGCUGUGUCUUUGUGAGACGCGGUGUGGGUGAACGGAUGAUCUCUGCAUGUGUAGUUCUCACCGUAAAGCAUGGAGGAGGAGGUGUUAUGGUGUGGCAGUGCUUUGCUGGUGACACUGUCUGUGAUUUAUUUAGAAUUCAAGGCAUACUUAACCAGCAUGGCUACCACAGCAUUCUGCAGUGAUACGCCAUCCCAUCUGGUUUGGGCUUAGUGGGACUAUCAUUUGUUUUUCAACAGGACAAUGACCCAACACACCUCCAGGCUGUGUAAGGGCUAUUUUACCAAGAAGGAGAGUGAUGGAGUGCCUGGCCUCCACAAUCCCCCGAUCUCAAACCAAUUGAAAUGGUUUGGGAUGAGUCGGACGGCAGAGUGAAGGAAAAGCAGCCAACAAGUGCUCAGCAUAUGUGUAGUAUGAUUCAAUCUUAGUCCUGUAUUGACUCUUUGCAUGUUUGAUGGUUCGUCGGAGGGCAUAGCGGGAUUUCUUAUCAUCAUCAGGGUUAGAGUCCCGCUCCUUGAAAGCGGCAGCUCCAUCCUUUAGCUCAGUGCUGAUGUUGCCUGUAAUCCAUGGCUUCUGGUUGGGGUAUGUACGUACGGUCACUGUGGGGACGACGUCAUCGAUGCACUUAUUGAUCAAGCCAGUGACUGAUGUGGUGUACUCCUCAAUGCUAUCGGAAGAAUCACGGAACAUAUUCCAGUCUGUGCUAGCAAAACAGUCCUGUAGCUUAGCACCUGCAUCAUCUGACCACUUCCUUAUUAACCAAGUCACUGGUGCUUCCUGCUUUAGUUUUUGCUUAUAAACAGGAAUCAGGAGGAUAGAGUUAUGGUCAGAUUUGCCAAAUGGAGGGCGAGGGAGAGCUUUGUACAUGUCUCUGUGUGUGGAGUAAUGGUGGUCUAGAGUUUUUUUCCUCUGGUUGCACAUUUAACAUGCUGGUAGAAAUGAGGUGGAACGGAUUUAAGUUUCCCUGUAUUAAAGUCCCCGGUCACUAGUAGCGCUGCCUCUGGAUGAGCCUUUUCCUGUUGAUUUAUGGCCUUAUACAGCUCAUUGAGUGAGAGCUUAGUGCUAGCAUCGGUUGGUGGUGGUUAAUAGACAGCUACGAAAAAUAUAGAUGAAAACUCUCUUGGUAAAUAGUGUGGUCUACAACUUAUCAUGAGAUACGCUUGAGGCAAGCAAAACCUCAAGACUUCCUUAGUAUUAGAUUUUAUGCUCAAGCUGUUGUUUACAAAUAUACACAGACCGCCACCCCUCGUCUUACCGGUGUCAGCCGUUCUGUCCUGCCGAUGUAGCGUAUAUCCCGCCAGCUGUAUGUUAUCCAUGUUGUCGUUCAGCCACGACUCGGUGAAACAUAAGAUAUUACAGUUUUGAAUGUCCCGUUGGUAGGAUAACCUUAAUCUUAGGUCGUCCAAUUUAUUUUCAAAUGAUUGAACAUUGGCUAAUAGGUUUGAUGGAAGAGGCAGUUUACUCGCUCGCCGUCGGAUCCUUACAAGGCAUCCCGACCUACGUGUACGAUAUCUCUGUCUCUUUCUCAUGCAAAUGACGUGUAUUUGGGCCUUGUCGGGUGUCUGUAGAAUAUAUUUUGCGUCCGACUCGUUGAAGAAAAAAUCUUUGUCCAAUACGAGGUGAGUAAUCGCUGUCCUGAUAUCCAGAAGCUCUUUUUGGUCAUAAGAGACGGUGGCAGAAACAUUAUGUACAGAAUAAAUUACAAAUAACGUGAAAAAACACACAUAAUAGUACAAUUGGUCAGAGGGCUGUAAAACGGCAGCCAUCUUCUCCGGCGCCAUUCAUCAGUCUGUGGUAGCUGGAAGGCCGCCAACCAUUUCACCCCUCCUGGCCCUGCUGUUUGCUUUGAAGAGUCCCAGUCUGGAGUGCAAAGCCCCUUGCCAUUUCCCUCAGAGACCAAUCGCUUUGCCUUGGAGCUACAGGAGAAGAGAGAGCCAGAAGUGAGGGGGAAACUCGCUAAAUGGGUGACAACCACAAUUAGUGAAAUGUAUACCUUCCUGGUGACAGUCCUUCUCAUGGGAAUAGUAAAGAAGAACUCCCUAAGAGAAUACUGGAGCACAGAUCCUAUGUCUGCAACUCCCUUCUUUGCCACCUUCUUUUCCCAAGACCGCUUCCUAGUUCUGCUGCAAUGCCUGCAUUUCAUCAACAACGCUACUGCCAACCUAAAUGACCCGUUACACAAAAUAAGAAAUGUUCUUACCAGCCUGACAUCAGCAUUUGGUUGGGUCUUUGUGCCAUACAAGGACCUAUGCAUUGAUGAGUCCCUGAUGUUAUGGAAGGGUAGGCUGGCAUUCUGUCAAUAUUUUCCCUCCAAAAGGCACAGGUUUGGGGUCAAGUUCUUUGUCAUGUGCGACGUGAAGACAGGAUUUGUCCAGGACAUGAUAGUCUACACAGGGUCCACCACUGAUAUCCAACAUUAUGAGGGGCUUGGGGUGUCCAGGUCCACUGUGAUGACCAUGCUGGCAAGGGACACACUUUGUAUGUGGAUGCUUGGUACAGCAGUCCCACACUCUUCCAGCAUCUGCUCUCCAAUAGCACAGGGACCUGUGGCACAGUCAGGUCGAACAGGAAGGGGAUGCCGGCAUUCGGAUGCAGGAAGAUGCAGAGUGGGGAGGUGGAGUUCAAGGAGAACGGUCAACAGCUGGCAGUAAAGUGGCAUGACAAAACGAGACGUCCAUGUCCUCUCCACUGUCCAUACAUCAACCAUGUCGGCCACAGGGAAGGUGGACCACCUGACGGGAGAGAGAAAGAUCAAACCAGACUGUUUGCUUGACUCUAACCUCAAAAUGGGGUCAGUGGAUAAGGCGGACAUGAUAAACAGCUUUGUGGAAUGCACUCGGAAAACUACCAAGUGGUAUAAGAAUAUAUUUUUCCAUCUGAUCGACACCUCAAUGGCCACAUAGUUCACCGUCAACUAACAGGUGAGGUGAUUACUGAACAAGGUAUUUUUUGUAAUUGGACGUACAGUUCAUAUACAAAUCACAUACAGUUCCAUUAUGCAAUUAUAGUGACAAUAUCUCACCCACUUACCCACUGCCUCAUCAUCCUCUCCCUUCCCUCAUCCUCCCCACUCCCUCUCCCCAUAGGUCAAGUAAUUACCUACCAAAAGUACAGAAGAGCACCACACUCACCGAUCCAAGAUGGCGUAGCAGUGCGGUCGUGUUCUUUGUUGUGUGUCUGUGUAAAUGGCCAGUUUUUUCCUUAUUUUUCCCUAUCACACUUUUCAUCCUUCUACAAAAUAUACUUUCCUGCAACCCACCUCACUCAAUGUGCAAUGGAUUCUAUUAUUGACUUACCUUUUAUCUAGAAUCUCCAGUUGAAACUAGCUAGCCAGCUAACUAGCUACUUGCUAUUAGCCACCUUUAGCGGUUUUCACCCAAAACAUCGGAUUUUCUGCCGGAAUAACUGAAUCAUUGGACAUUAACACCGGAUCGCAACUAGCUAGCUGCAACCAAAUGGAUGUUGUUGUUGGCUAAUCAGCCUUGAGCUAGCCUCCAGCCAGCCCCAUCUCCCGGCUAUCUACCUCUCUGUCAACCGGACGGGACCUCCUAGUGUUGACACGGAACCCCGCCGAUCCAACACGACUGGUCUGCCGUCUAAAUCGUCUGAUGUGGUUUCAACAGGCUUCCCGUUACGACUUUGACCACGAAGAUCCAUCUGCUAGCCCUGGCCCGCUAGCACACACAAGCCGUGGUCUCUUGCUCGCCAGUGCUAUAGCAGCCCCCAAACUACCUUCGAACUCUUCUAUUGCUGUUCACCGGACCUUAUGAUAACUCAGCUAUACAGCUGAUGCCUGCUGGACUUUUCCUUUAUACGGUACCGCAUCCUGUUUAUGUUUAGCCUCAACCGAAACUUUGUCGCCAUUACCAGCUGUUGUCUUAGCUCUCUCGAAUAACACCUGUGAUUGUUUGCCUCUCUCCCAUGUCAAAAUGCCUUGCUUAUUGCUGUUUCGGUUAUUUCUUAUUGUACUAUUUCACAAUAGAUCCCCCAGCCCAGCUCAACCUGCCUUAGAUAGCUCCUUAGUCCCACCCCCCAUACACGCGGAGACCAACUAAAUCGGUGCCUCCAGUGAUGCUAUCUCUUUCAUCAUUACCCAACGCUUAGGUUUACCUCCACUGUACUCAUAUCCUUCCAUAUCCUUGUCUGUACAUAAUGCCCUGAAUCUAUUCUACAACGCCCGGAAAUCUGCCCCUUUUUUUCUCUGUAUCCAACGCACUAGAACACCAGUACUUAAAGCCUUUAGCCAUAUCCUUAUUCUACUCCUACUCUUUUCCUCUGGUGAUGUAAAGGUUAACCCAGGCCCUGUAGCCCCCAGUAUCACUCCUACUCCCCAGGCGAUAUCAUUUGUUGACUUCUGUAACCGUAAAAGCCUUGGUUUCUUGCACGUUAACAUCCGAAGCCUCCGCCCUAAGUUUGAGUUAUUCACUGCGUUAGCACACCCCGCCAACCUGUUCUAGCAGUGUCUGAAUCCUGGCUUAGGAAGGCCCCAACUACAACAUUUUCCGUCUCGAUAGAACUGCCAAAGGGGGUGGGGUUGCAAUCUACUGUAGAGAUAGCCUGCAGAGCUCUAUCGUACUAUCCAGGUCUGUGCCUAAACAGUUUGAGCUUCUACUUCUAAAAAUCCAACUUUCCAGAAAUGUCUCUCACUGUUGCCGCUUUCUACAGACCCCCCUCAGCCCCGAGCUGUGCCCUGGACACCAUAUGUGAACUGAUUGCCCCCAUCUAUCCUCAGAGUUCAUACUGCUUGGUGACCUAAACUGGGAUAUGCUUAACACCCCGGCCAACCUACAAUCUAAACUAGAUGACCUCAAUCUCACACAAAAGAUCAACGAACGUACCAGGUACAACCCUAAAUCUGUAAACAUGGGCACCCUCAUAGAUAUAAUCCUGACAAAUGUACCCUCUAAAUACACCUCCGCUGUCUUCAACCAGGAUCUCAGCGAUCACUGCCUUAUUGCCUGCGUCCGUAACGGGUCCGCGGUCAAACGACCACCCCUCAUCACUGUCAAACGCUCCCUAAAACACUUUAGCGAGCAGGCCUUCCUAAUUGACCUGGCCCAGGUAUCCUGGAUGGAUAUAGAUCUCAUUCCGUCAGUAGACGAUGCCUGGUUGUUCUUUAAAAGUAAUUUCCUCUCAAUCUUAAAUAAACAUGCCCCAUUCAAAAAAUACAGAACUAAGAACAGAUAUAGCCCCUGUUUCUCCUCAGACUUGACUGCCCUUGACCAGCACAAAAACAUCCUGUGGCGUACUGCAUUAGCAUCAAAUAGCCCCCGCGAUAUGCAACUUUUCAGGGAAGUUAGGAACCAAUAUACACAAGCUGUCAGGAAAGCAAAGGCUAACUUUUUCAAACAGAAAUUUGCAUCCUGUAGCACUAACUCCAAAAAGUUUUGGGACACUGAAGUCCAUGGAGAAUAAGAGCACUUCCUCCCAGCUGCCCACUGCACUGAGGCUAGGAAACACUAUCACCACCGAUAAAUCUACAAUAAUCGAGAAUUUCAACAAGCAUUUUGCUACGGCUGGCCAUGCUUUCCACCUGGCUACCACUACCCCGGCCACCAACUCUGCACCCUCCGCUGCAACUUGCCCAUGCCCCCCCGCUUCUCCUUCACACAAAUUCAGACAGCUGAUGUUCUGAAAGAGCUGCAAAAUCUGGACCCCUACAAAUCAGCUGGGCUAGACAAUCUGGACCCUUUCUUUCUAAAACUAGCUGCCAAAAUUGUCACAACCCCUAUUACUAGCCUGUUCAACCUCUCUUUCGUAACGUCUGAGAUCCCCAGAGAUUGGAAAGCUGCUGCGGUCAUCCCCCUCUUCAAAGGGGGUGACACUCUAGAUCCAAACUGUUACAGACCUAUAUCAAUCCUGCCCUGCCUUUCGAAAGUAUUUGAAAGCCAAGUUAACAAACAGAUCACCGACCAUUUUGAAUCCCACCGUACCUUCUCCGCUAUGCAAUCCGGUUUCCGAGCUGGUCAUGGGUGCACUUCAGCCACGCUCAAGGUCCUAAACGACCUGGCCAAGGCUUUCGACUCUGUCAACCACUCCAUUCUUAUUGGCAGACUAAAUAUCAUUGGUUUCUCAAAUGACUGCCUCGCCUGGUUCACCAACCACUUCUCAGAUAGAGUUCAAUGUGUCAAAUCGGAGGGCCUGUUGUCUGGACCUAUGGCAGUCUCUAUGGGGGUGCCACAGGGUUCAAUUCUUGGGCGGACUCUUUUCUCCGUGUAUAUCAAUGAUGUCGCUCUUGCUGCUGGUGACUCUCACAUCCACCUCUACGCAGACGACACCAUUUUGUAUACAUCUGGCCCUUCAUUGGACACUGUGUUAACUAACCUCCAAACGAACUUCAAUGCCAUACAACACUACUUCAGUAGCCUCCAACUGCUCUUAAAUACUAGUAAAACUAAAUGCUUGCUCUUCAAUCGAACGCUGCUGGCACCCGCCCACCCGACUAGAAUCACCACUCUCGACGGGUCUGACCUAGAGUAUGUGGACAACUACAAAUACCUAGGUGUCUGGUUAGACUGUAAACUCAACUUCCAGACUCACAUUAAGAAUCUCCAAUCCAAAGUUAAAUCUAGAAUCGUCUUCCUAUUUCACAACAAAGCCUCCUUCACUCAUGCUGCCAAACAUGCCCUCGUAAAACUGACUAUCCUACCGAUCCUUGACUUCGGCGAUGUCAUUUACAAAAUAGCCUCCAACACUCUACUCAGCAAAUUGGAUGUAGUCUAUCACAGUGCCAUCCGUUUUGUCUCCAAAGCCCCAUACACUACCCACCACUGUGACCUGUACGCUCUUGUUGGCUGGUCCUCACUACAUGUUCGUCGUCAAACCCACUGGCUCCAGGCCAUCUAUAAAUCACUGCUAGGCAAAUCCCCGCCUUAUCUUAGCUCAUUGGUCACCAUAGCAGCACCCACCCGUAGUCUGCGCUCCAGCAGGUAUAUCUCACUGGUCAUUACCAAAGCCAACACCUCCUUUGGCCCCCAUUCCUUCCAGUUCUCUGCUGCCAAUGACUGGAACGAAUUGCAAAAAUCUCUGAAGCUGGAGACUCUUAUCUCCCUCACUAACUUUAAGCAUCAGUUGUCAGAGCACCUUACCGAUCACUGCACCUGUACACAGCCCAUCUGAAAUUAGCCCACCCAACUACCUCAUCCCUAUAUUGUUAUUUAUUUUGCUCUUUUGCACCCCAGUAUGUCUAUUUGCACAUAAUCUCUUGCACAUCUAGCAUUCCAGUGUUAAUACUAAUUGUAAUUAUUUUGCACUAUGGCCUAUUUAUUGCCUUUCCUCCAUAGCUUGCUACAUUUGCACACACUGUAUAUAUAUUUUCUGUUGUAUUUUUUUGACUUUAUGUUUUUUUACCCCAUAUGUAACUCUGUUGUUGUUUUUAUCGCACUGCUUUGCUUUAUCUUGGCCAGGUCGCAGUUGUAAAUGAGAACUUGUUCUCAACUGGCUUACCUGGUUAAAUAAAGGUGAAAUAAAAUAAAAAUAAAAAAUUCAUUACAAAACCGACUGAUAUGGCCAACUACUUUAAUGAUUUUUUAAUUGGCAAGAUUAGCAAACUUAGGCAUGACAUGCCAGCAACAAACGCUGACACUACACAUCCAAGUAUAUCUGACCAAAUUAUGAAAGACAAGAAUUGUAAUUUUGAAUUCCGUAAAGUGAGUGUGGAAGAGGUGAAAAAAGUAGUGUUGUCUAUCAACAAUGACAAGCCACCGGGGUCUGACAACUUGGAUGGACAAUUACUGAGGAUAAUAGCAGAUGAUAUUUCCAUUCCUAUUUGCCAUAUCUUCAAUUUAAGUCUACUAGAAAGUUUGUGCCCUCAGGCCUGGAGGGAAGCAAAAGUCAUUCCGCUACCUAAGAAUAGUAAAGCCCCCUUUACUGGCUCAAAGAGCCGACCAAUCAGCCUGUUACCAACCCUUAGUAAUGUUUUGGGAAAAAUUGUGUUUGACCAGAACAGACUUUCAGCACACUUAUAGGGAAGGACAUUCAAUAAGCACAGCACUUACACAAAUGACUGAUGAUUGGCUGAGAUAAAUUGAUGAUGAAAAGAUUGUGGGGGCUGUUUUGUUAGACUUCAGUGCUGCUUUAGACAUGAUCAAUCAUAGUCUGAUAAUUGAAAAACGUAUGUGUUAUGGAUGUACACCCCCUGUACCUGUCUAACAGAACACAGAGGGUGUUGUUUAAUGGAAGCCUCUCCAACAUAAUCCAGGUAGAAUCAGGAAUUCCCCAGGGCAGCUGUCUAGGCCCCUUAUUUUUUUCAAUCUUUACUAACAACAUGCCACUGGCUUUGAGUAAAGCCAGAGUCUCUAUGUAUGCGGAUGACUCAACACUAUACACGUCAGCUACUACAGCAACUGAAAUGACUGCAACACUUAACCUCUAGGGGAUCGAUGUCCUGUAUACGGGACGGUGAGCUAACAUGCACUAAUGUGAUUAGCAUGACUGUUGUAAGUAACAGCAAACUUUCCAGGACAUAGACAUGUCUUAUAUGGGCAGAAAGCUUAAAUUAUUGUUCAUCUAACUGCACUGUCCGAUUUACAGUAGCUAUUACAGUGAACAAAAUACCAUGCUAUUGUUUGAGGGGAGUGCACAACAACAAAAAACAUAUCACGGCAACUGGUUUGAUACAUUCACCUCUGAAGGUAAAUAAUGUACUUACAUUCAGUAAUCUUGCUCUGAUUUGUCAUCCUGAGGGUCCCUGAGAUAACAUGUAGGAUAGUUUUGUUUGAUAAAAUUGAUUUUUAUAUUCAAAUGUAGAAAUUGGGUUAUACAGUUUGAACCCUUGCUGUCUCUGGCUCCACACCCACCCCACCCGGCCAUCUAGAUGUGUGAAAGUUAGUGUAUAAGCUAAUAUAAGCUAAUGAUCCAUCAUGUAUGACAUUCCUGGGAGUGUGUAAACUUAAAUUUUGUAUGUUCUCUAUAGUUAUGUACUUGAAAAUGCAUCGAUUGACCAAUUCGGCAGAUUUGGGCAGACUUGAUACAAAAUAGUCCAGUAUUGCAAUGCUUCACUGGAUCAAUCUGAAACUUUGCACACACACUGCUGCUGUCUAGUGGCCAGAAUCUAAAUUGCGCCUAAACUGCAAUAUUAUAUUGUGGCCUUUCUUUUGCAUUUCAAAGAUGAUUAAAAAAAAAUAUAUAUAUAUUUUUUUGGUUUGCAUUAUCUUUUGAAAAAGAAAAGGAAAGCCGCACACUCUAGGAGCUCAGAUGCAAUAAUUUAAUAUCCUAAUAACCAACGUUUCGACAGAGAAGCUAUCUUCAUCAGGGUAUAAUAACAAACACUGUGGGUCACUAGUUUAUAUAGUGUCAAAAGACACACGCAGGUGUCUGUAAUCAUGGCCGGGUGUGGCCUAAUAGCAUUAGUUAAUUCACAGAUCAACAUGACCUUUUACCAGAUCUAAUGUGUUAUAUUCUCCUACAUUAAUUUCACAUCCUUGUAAGGGUUGGGGUGAGGUGUGACCCAGGUGCUGUGCAGUAUAUGCAGUAGGCAGUAGGCAGAGAUGAUGAAACAAGGAUCUUUACUGGUGGUCCCGAAGCCAAAAUACAAAAUAACGGACUUACCACGAUAAAAGAAAGACGGAGCAAAUAAGUCUCCAAAAACCGUCUGACAGCCAAAAUACGAAAUACUACCUAAGACUGAAACAAAUAACAAAACAGGGAGAACACUUCUCAAGUACCUGUACAUAGGUCUCCGAUCAGACACUGAGUAGUACUGCUGGACAUAGAGAAACUAGCAGAGAAAACAGAGCAAGGGAACACAGGGAAGUGAGGGCAUAAAUACACAGGUGAACAGAUAGACACAGGUGACACCAAUAGGAUGAUGAUUAGUCCAGACUGUGAGUGAGGAGGUGCCUAAGGUUGUCGGAGGAUGACACCUAAUGGGUCGCUCCGGAACUGCAACCCUCUCCUGUAAUAAAUCCUUGCUUCAGGUCCUGAGCUACAGGCAGUUGGAUUUGGGUAUGUCAUUUUAGGCGAAAAUUGGAAAAAAGGGUCCGAUACUUAGGAGGUUAACAAAGAGCUGCAGUUUGUUUCAGAAUUGGUGGCAAGGAAUAAGUUAGUCCUAAAUAUUUCAAAAACUAACGGCAUUCUAUUUGGGACAAAUCAUUCACUAAACCCUAAACCUCAACUAAAUAUUUUAAUAAAUAAUAUGGAAAUUGAAUAAGUUGAGGUGACUAAACUGCUUGGAGUAACCCUGGAUUGUAAACUGUCAUGGUCAAAACAUAGUGAUACAACAGUAGCUAAAAUGGGGAGAAGUCUGUCCAUAAUAAAGCGCUGAUCUACCUUCUUAACAGCACUAUCUAUCAACAAGGCAGGUCCUACAGGCUCUAGGUUUGUCGCACCUGGACUACUGUUCAGUCGUGUGGUCAGGUGCCAGAAAGAGGAACUUAGGAAAAUUGCAGUUGGCUCAGAACACGGCAGCACGGCUGGCCCUUGGAUUUACACAGAGAGCAAACAUUAAUAAUAUGCAUGUCAAUCUCUCCUGGCUCAAAGUAGAGGAGAGAUUGACUUCAUCACUGUCAGCACCGAGCUGUCUGUUUAAACGACUAGCACACAGCUCAGACACCAAUGCAUACCCCACAAGACAUGCCACCAGAGGUCUCUUCACAGUCCCUAAGUCCAGAACAGACUAUGUGAAGUGCACAGUACUACAUAGAGCCAUGACUACAUGGAACUCUAUUCCACAUCAGGUAACUGAUACAAGUAGUACAAUCAGAUUUAAAAAACAGAUACAAAUACACCUUAUGGAACAGUGGGGACUGUGAAGCAACACAAACAUAGGCACAGACACAUGCAUACACACACAUGAUAACAUACGCACUAUACACACACGUACACAUGGAUUUUGUGUUGUAGAUAUGUGGCAGUGGAUUAUGGGCCUGAGGGCACACACUUAGUGUGUUGUGAAUUCUGUAAUUAAUGUAUUGUAAUGUUUUUUAAAUUGUAUAACUGCCUUAAUUUUGCCGGACCCCAGGAAGAGUAGCCUUUGGCAGCAGCUAAUGGGGAUCCAUAAUAAAUACAAAUACAACAACCAUGUUUUACACUGUUUCAAUCUGCUGUUUUCUUCAAAUUGAUCAUCACAGUGAGGUGACUUUUAAAAGUACAAUAGGCCUACUGUGUUUGAUGUGAUUUUCGAUUGCAUUUGCAUUGAUGUCAGAGUGGUUAGGACCUGAUGAUAGUUAGCAAGUUGGGUACUACCAAAGCAUGUCCAGGGUGCAUAAAAGGAGAUUACUGUGACUCAACGGUCACGUGGGUCAUGACUCAUGACUGCGGUAAUAUGGUCACUGCAGCAGCCCUAUUUGUAACACAUUUAUGUAGUGUUCAUGAAGGCUUUAUGAAGCCUUUAUAAGCUGCACAUCAUUUAAAGCGGGACCCCCAAGGUUAUGAUAUAAUUAAAGGUGUAAUAAGUAUUUGUGUCUCCCUCUCUCCCCAUCCUUCAGUUGCAUUCUCUGGCUUGGGCUUCACCUCCUUCUACCUGGCUGGGAAGCUGCAGUGCUUCACAGACCGGGGCCGCGGGUGCAGCUGGCGUCUGUGUGCCAUGUUGCUGCCCCUCUACAGCGCUGUGAUGAUCGCCCUGUCCCGCACCUGCGACUACAAACACCACUGGCAAGGUCGGUCACGAUCCCUGUCACAGUCACGCCACAUCCAAAUGAAUCAGCAGAUAUGCCAUUUAGGUCUACAAUUCAGCUAACUUUAUUAUCAUACGUGCAAAAAUUCAUUUGGUCAUCACUACGGUUGCAACAUUCUGGUAAUUUUCCCAAAAUUCCCUGGUUUUCCAGAAAUCCUGGUUGGAGGAUCCGUGGACUUCCUGCUUAUUCUUUCUAAAUUCUAGGAAUCUUCAAACUAGGAUUUCUGGAAAACCAGGGAAUUGCAACGCUAUCAUCACGAUGUACACAGAAGACAUUAAAAACAACAAUACCCAUGAAUGUAGGCCUACAUAUAAUGUGUAUUGUAUGACAUCAACGCGGUAUUUAUUAUAAUCCUCAAUGUCUCAUCUUUCAGAAUACAUCCUAAUUUUCCUCACUCAGACAACAACAAAUGUGCAAAAGUAGCCCAAUUAGCGGGAGGGAUGGGGGCAUUUUCUUGCAGCCCGCAGUGCUCAAGUUUAUAACGUCUGUCAAAACCCAUACACUGCUGUGAAGCGGAGAACCGGAGCUCUGAUGUCAUUUAUAGCAUGUUACUGUACAGCGACUGCGUUCCAAUUGAGGCGCUUAUCAAUGACAACAUCUGGCACUUUCAAACCUUACAGUACCUUGCAAAAGUAUUCAUCCCCCUUGGUGUUUUUCCUAUUUUGUUGCAUUACAACCUGUUAUUUAAAUGGAUUUUAAUUUGGAUUACAUGUAAUGGACAUACACAAAAUAGUCAAAAUUGUUGAAGUGGAAUAAAAAAAAUUAAUUGUUAAAGAAAUUCAUAAAAAUUAAUAAUGGAAAAGUGGUGCGUGCAUAUGUAUUCACCACCUUUGCUAUAAAGCCCCUAAAUAAGAUCUGGUGCAACCAAUUACCUUCAGAAGUCACACAAUUAGUUAAAUAAAGUCCACCUGUGUGCAAUCUAAGUGUCACAUGAUCUGUCACAUGAUCUCAGUAUAUAUACACCUGUUCUGAAAGGCCCCAGAGUCUGCAACACCACUAAGCAAGGGGCACCACCAAGCAAGCAGUACCAUGAAGACCAAGGAGCUCUCCAAACAGGUCAGGGACAAAGUUGUGGAGAAGUACAGAUCAGGGUUGGGUUCAAAAGAAAAUAUCAGAAGUAUGUUCAGUCUCCCCCCAAAACUUGUCCAUUUCAUUGUAACAUCCAUAACACUUAUUUUUUGCUUUAUUUCUCCAUCAUGCCAAUAUUUAGAAGUCUGCUUUUUUGGGUAUACACUCCCCCCAAGCGAUAAUAGACACACACAUCAAAAGUUUCAUUUCUAUAUUAUUUGUCCAUUCUGUGAGACAUUCAAGUUUAGAUUUUGAGUGCAAAUGUCACUUCCAUAACGCUGGAAUCGCCCUUAUAGUUAAUUAGCUCAUGGCGCAAGUGUCUUUGCGUCAGGAAAAUGUUGCCUUAUAGCCCGUUACAAUGAAGUGUGAUAAUAACACACAGCAUAGUGCCGUGCUGUGCACUCACAACACCUGUCCUGUGACAUUUCAUAUGUUGCACUAAUCUUUUGUGUCCCUCCUGGUCAUGAUAGACUAUUGAAACCACAGCAGUACUUAUAGAUGGGUGGGCGCACGCAUUUCGGAGGCUAAAGGCGGUGUGUUAUGAUUCUGAACGGUUAGAUAGCUUUGAACAAUCACAAGAAGCUGCCGUGUGAUAAAUUGUAUUUGGCUUAUUUCAGCUAGUUGUAUCAUCUUGUUCUUGAUAUCAUGUCUUGUUUUGACUUAUGUCACGUCUAUGCUAAUAUGGCAAAAAAUCUGCUAGGAAGCUAACCAACAACUGUAACGAUGUAUUUGAAAGACAAGUGCUUAUUAUGCAAAUGUACUUAUAUUGUCAAAAACCUUUUGAUUGUAAGCCAACCCCUUUUGUUUUGCCCCACAGUUGCACACGCAUUGGUUUUGUUGGUAAACAACCCACCCGUAUAUGGCGCUUCCUCCUGCACCCUAGUCUUAGUUAAACAGGAGCUCCUAUUAGCCUGCUAUGCAAACUGUGCUGGGUGCUUAACACCACACACUCUUCCCCAUUAUGGGAUACUCUAGCCCCCAGGGCCCUGGGAAAAUGUCUGGGGUUUCAGAUCCAGCACUGGAGAAGGCAUCCAUACUGAAGCGUCAACAACAUCAACCUUUAGAUGACUCUCCAAGUAUCAUGAUACCUUUCAAAUAACCAGCUCAGGGACAAAGCCUACACAUCAUUAGUUUGGACUGUUUCCCUACUUAUAGUCAUCCAUCUUGACCGCAUAGUUAAAAGUCACAGCUUGUGUGAGGUCAUCAACAGGAGAAACCACUGGCUCUGUUCCAAUCCACACUAGCAUACACUAGUUAGUGUGAAGCAAUUUGUCUUCUAAGUGGGAUGCUAGUAUGGAUGUUGGAAUGUGGCCAGUUUAUGUUCAAGCACAAUUUAUGGUGCAGAUGUUAACCUCAUUUCCUCCAGCUGGACAGAUAAAUAAUUGUUUCCUAAAUCUUUCAGAGUCUAGUUCAACCGGUCCAACUACUACACAAGCUAGUCAUUCCCUCUACAAAACUUUAGCCCUUUUUUCCCAAACAUUGAUCAUGAGAAGGCAAUGAUUUUGCAUGUUAUAGCUCAUAGGGUUGUGGUCACUGUGAGGUGACAUGUUCUCAGCUAUGGUGACAAAGUAACAGAGAUGGUUUGUCCAACCCAGUCACAUGUUGAGACUCAGCGAGCCCCAGUAGUAACAUCAGCCCAAUGUCAGACCAACAUCAGCCCAACAUCAGCCCAAUGUUAGCCCAACAAAUUGUUACCCUGCACCCAUCCAAACACGUUAUUCUCAUUGAGAAAACUCAAACCCUUCCACUUGUUUUCCUAUCUGUCUACCAGAAAGACUCUAGGAAUAUCUGUUUUUGAGCAUUUGCAAAUGUCUCACUUGUUUCACCUCCAUGACUAUGCCACCUCCAUUUUACCGGGCUACUGAUAAACUAAAUUAUCUGACAUUUCCAAUAUAGCCAGCCCCAGCAGUGACGUCAGCCCAACAUCAGCCUAACAUUCACGAAAGCUGAAAGGCCCAGUGCAGUCAAAAACGUGAUAUUCCUGUGUAUUAUACAUAUUUCCACACUUUGAGGUUGGAAUAACACUGUGAAAUUGUGAAAAUUAUGAUAAUGCCCUUUUAGUGUAAGAGCUGUUUGAAAAGACUGCCUGAAAUUUCAGCCUGUUUUGGUGGGAUGGAGUUUUGGUCUUCCUGCUUGAGAAAUUGCCCUUUGCUAAGAAGCUAUUUUUGUUUCUUUUUGACCAUUUUAAUUGAAAACAAUCACAGUAAGGUACUUAAUUGUUACAGAGAAAUGAUUUGAUAUUGAGAUAAAAACAGCUGCAUUGGACCUUGAAUCAAACUGCUCCCAGCACCCAUCCAGAACAAACUCAAAUGCUGACCUUUCCUCUUGUUGUCCUAUUUUUUAAAAUUUUAGUCAUUUAGCAGACGCUCUUAUCCAGAGCGACUUACAGUUAGUGAGUGCAUACAUUAUCCUAUCUGUCUACCAGCAAGACUUUAGGAAAUACCUCUCUGAAGUCUGUUGUUGGGCUGUAACAAAUUCCACAUGACUGUACCACCCCCAUUUCUCCUAGCUACUGAUAAUCUAAAUUAGCAAUCAUUUCCAAUGUUAUCACCAUUAAUGAAGUAACAUCAAUGAUUCAUGCACUGUAUAUAUGACUAAGUACCCAAGUUUAUUUCCUAUUGUAGAUUUCUGAGAUAUACUGUAGGUAAGUUAGACCCAAGGUAAGACCCAAGGUAAGAGUGUGGAGCUAAUAACACCAUUGUUGUGGGUUCAUUUCCUGCAGGUAUCACUCACAGAGACACCAAAAAAAUGUAUGCACUCACUAUACUGUAACUUCCUUUUGGAUAAAACCGUCUGCUAAGUGGCAUAUAUUAUUAUAUGUACAGUAUUAAUAUAUUAUUAUUAUUAUUAUUCCCUAGAUGCCUUUGUUGGAGGGGUGAUCGGCCUGCUUUUUGCCUACAUCUGCUACCGGCAGCACUACCCCCCGUUCCUGCACAUGGACUGCCACCUGCCGUAUGCCAGUCUGGCCAAAGCCCCCCACCUCAUCUCUGCCCAGGGUGAUCCCCUGGUCCUGCCCACCGAGAACGCCACCAGCCUGCCUCUGAAGGGGCUGACGGAGGGGCCUGUAUAA